CUUUCUUUACUGUUUCCUUCGUGUCAUUUUCUGCGGCAAAAUAGCUGGUAAAAUUAUAAAUAAAUGUAUCCAAAAUCACCUUUCCUUCGGAAUUCACUAGUUGAAUCACAAAUUCUUCGACGGAAUGCUAAUCAGCUGGAGGAAUUAAUGAAUUGGCUAUGUCGUCCGCCAACUAUAACAACGUAUCGCGUAAAUACGCUGCGAAUCUCUGUACCAGCGUUCAAACAGAAAUUCCAACAAAUAUUGUUCGAAAAAUAUGCGAAACCACCUAAAGUGUACGAGAUACCCAAUAUUCCCGAAGUAGUUUGCAUACCACCCACGCCACUCAGCUUACUUGAUCUGACAAAGAAGGAAACCGAACCACUGCGUGAGGUUGUGGUGGAUGGCUGUUGUGGUGCCGCCCUAUUGCGUGGGGCGCACAUCUAUGCACCGGGUGUGCUUGCUAUGGAAGCCGGUACCAAAUUAGGCGAGGAAGUGCUGGUGUAUGCAGACUUGGCGGGUAAAUGUAAACAAGGCACAAACACACGUUACGAGUCCGAUGAGAAACUUUUCCUAGGUGUCGGUGUUGUACGCAUGCAACGACAUCAGAUUUACGGACCUGCAGCUGUUGAUAAGGCAGAGCCGUCUAAGGGAGUAGCUGUGGAGAUGAUCGCCACCACGUCCGGUGUACCCUCCAUUGGGGAUCUAAGCAGUAACGAAGCACUUCUGCAAAACCUACCGUCUAUUGUAUGCGUGCGUGUAUUGAACCCACAACCGGGUGAACGUGUAUUAGAUAUGUGCGCUGCACCAGGAAAUAAAACAAUGCAUAUGGUGGAAAUGAUGGGCGAUCAGGGUGAAAUAAUAGCACUCGACAAGGUGGUUAAUAAAAUAACUACCCUGCAAGAAAAAAUUACGGCAAACAGUUUAAAAAGUGUACGUUCCUAUGCAUUUGAUGCUUCGAGAGUUUACGAUGCAGCCAAAGUCCCAGAAGACAAUGCAUGUUUGGAGAUGCCGCCAUAUGCUGCCAAUACAUUUGAUAAAAUCUUACUUGAUGCACCUUGCAGCGCUUUGGGAAAUAGGCCAUUGCUAACGGUCUCACCACAUAUGUCAGCACGUAUGCUCGACUCGUAUCCGAAGGUUCAGCGAAAGUUAUUUACGGCAGCGGUGCCCUUGCUAAAGCCAAAUGGUGUCUUAGUUUACAGUACUUGUACAGUGACUGAGCAGGAAAAUGAGGGAAUCGUAGCGUGGGUGCUUGAGAAAUUUCCACAAAUGAAGCUAGUCGCUGCCACACCUCGUCUUGGCGGCAGUGGUCUUGCGUAUAACGGUCUUAGUGAUGUUGAGAGGCAAUACUUGCAAAGAUUUUCUCACGACACAACAGAGGCGGAAGGAGUUCCCAUUGAUGCAGUCGGAUUUUUUAUAGCAAAGUUUAUAAAGAAAUAUUAAAGUUAUUUUUCUAUUAUGAGAACGUUC